AUGCCAGCCAUUGUCUUGCCAGUGGAGCCAGAUAAGGAUACGAGCGACCAGGAGGCCGUCCGUGGAUUCGCAAAGUACCAUGUCGGCUCGUACCUGAGGCCUCCCAUGUCUGCUCUUGAUGAGAUCAACGGCUCGUACGGCUGGACUACCGCGCAAAUGCGAGAGUUCGUUGCCGGCAUCCAGAAGAUCGCCAUGGAGGAGAACGGCGGCCACCUCAUGGUCUACGGCACGGACUCUGCGCAUGGCAACGCCCUCGUGACGGAUACGGUCUUUUUCGGCCAGCAGAUCAACGCCGCCGCUACGUUCAACCCGGACCUGGCCUACGAGCAAGGACGCAUCACAACCAGAGACACUCUCGCCGCUGGUAUCCCCUGGAUCUUCGACCCUGUGCUCGACAUCAUGCACAGCCCGCUCUGGCCGCGCGUGUACGAGACUUUCGGUGAAGAUCCGUACUUGGCGUCGGUGAUGGGAGCUGCUGUUGUUCGUGGUAUCCAGAGUUACAACGAGUCUGCUGCCUGCAUGAAGCACUGGAUCGCGUACGCCUGGAACCCCACGGGCCACGACAAGGACGGAGUCACGAUGUCGGAUUUCGACCUGCUGAACACGUACUUCCCGUCUUUCAAGGCCGCGGUGGACGCGGGCCUGCUUGCCGGUAUGGAGAACUACAUCUCGGUGAAUGGUGUGCCGAUUGUUGAGAACACGAAGCUGUUGAAGACGCUCCUCCGCAACGACCUGGGCUUUGAGGGUCUCAUGGUGACGGACUACGGUGAGAUCAAUGCUCUGCAGGACUUCCACCGCACGGCUCGCAGUGAGAACGAGGCCACCAAGUUCUCGUUGGAGCGCACCUCGAUUGACAUGAGCAUGGUGGCUUCGGAUCUUUCCUUCACCAACGGAACGAACAAGUUGCUCGAGGAGGAACCCGAGAUCCUCGACCGCCUCAAAGAAUCCGUGCGUCGCAUCAUCAAGACCAAGCUCAAGCUGGGUCUGUACGACAACCCGAUGCCUGGUGAGGAGUACUUGGACAUGGUCGGCAACGACGACGAUGUGGCUGCUGCUUUGGACAGCGCCCGUGAGUCCAUUGUGUUGCUGCAGAACAACGCCAGCACGCUGCCCUUGGCAAAGGAUGCAUCCGUGUUCCUUACUGGCCCCAGUGCCGACAACAUCGGCUACCAGUGCGGUAGUUGGACCCUGCAGGUGCAAGGUGUGUCUGGCAAUGACAUGUUCUCGCACGGUGUGUCGGUCAGGCAGGGUAUUGAGGCCAUUGCUGGAAACGACUCGUUCACGUACUUCAACGGUCUCAACAUCACGGGCAACUACACGGAUGCCGACUUGGCCACUGCCAAGGAAUACGCUGCCAAGGCUGAGUACACGAUUGCUGUGAUCGGCGAGGAGGUCUACGAGGAGAAGACGGGUGACAUCAACGACCUGACGCUGCCUCUUGGCCAGAUCGAGUACGUCAAGGAGCUCGCCUCCACUGGUACCAAGGUUAUUGUGGUGCUCUUUGAAGGUCGCCCGCGUAUCCUGAACGACUUGCCGGAGAACGUGUACGCUGUGAUCAACGGCAUGCUUUCGUGUGAGCAGGGCGGCAAGGCCGUCGCUGAGAUCAUCUACGGUGAUGUGAACCCCAGCGGACGCAUGCCGAUCACGUACCCCAAGGACACCGGCAACGUCAUGAUCCCGUACCAGCACUCAGUCAAGGCACCCGAAAAAAUAAUACUCAUAAAAAUACAUUCGAAUACUUUAAAUCAAUGA